AUCCGGUUCCAUCAAUCCAAACAAAGCCUAACUCUAUUUUCUCUCUAUACCAAAAGUAAAGUACCAUUACCUCAACUCGUUUUCCAAACUCAACCGAGUCCUAACCGAGUCAUGUCGAAUCAUCCCUCCGAUACUCCCGCCGAUGAUUUCCUGGAGCAAAUUCUCGGCCUCCCGAAUUUCACCUCCGCCGACGGAACCGACGCUUCUUCAUUAGCUGCUCCGAUGAUGCUGCAGCUUAACUCCGGCGAUGGUGCCACUCAUCUUGCUCCCGGAGCGGGAUUUCAUGCACCGGUAUACCGUUUGGGUCUGAGCUUGGACCAGGGUACGGGAGGGUUCUUGAAGCCCGAUGAUGCUUCCGGGAGUGGCAAACGGUUCCGGGAAGAUGUUGUUGAUACCAGACCUAAGAAUGCUUUUCAUGGGCAACCCAUGCCUACUACAGUUCCGACUGCUCCACAUCCACCAGCAAUGCGUCCUAGAGUGCGGGCAAGAAGAGGACAGGCUACAGAUCCACACAGCAUUGCUGAAAGGUUGCGUAGAGAAAGAAUAGCUGAAAGAAUCAGGGCUUUGCAAGAACUUGUUCCUAGUGUCAACAAGACAGAUCGAGCUGCCAUGCUGGACGAAAUUGUGGAUUAUGUCAAAUUCUUAAGGCUUCAAGUAAAGGUUUUGAGCAUGAGUAGAUUGGGUGGAGCCGGUGCGGUGGCACCACUAGUAACUGACAUCCCAUUAUCGUCGGUCGAGGAAGAAGGAAGUGAGAGUGGGAGAAACCAGCCAGCUUGGGAGAAGUGGUCUAAUGAUGGCACCGAAAAGCAAGUAGUUAAGCUCAUGGAAGAUAAUGUUGGGGCUGCGAUGCAGUUCCUUCAAUCAAAAGCACUCUGCAUCAUGCCAAUCUCACUGGCAUCCGCAAUAUACCAAUCACAACCAUCAGACAACUCCAGUAUAGUUAAGCCCGAAACUACUCCUCCAUAGACAUACCUUCGGUAACAUCGAGUGGUCCCAUCAAGCGCACUGAUACUACUUCCGGGACUCACAGUUUAUUAGUUAGUGAUUUACAUCAGGUUGCAUUCAAAGUAGGAUGCCAUAGUCCCUUCCUUUUGAGGUUGUUUCAGCUUUUGUCAAUACAGGGUUUACUGUCAAUACCUAAAAAUGCAAGCAGGCCUUAUCUUGUCUUAUAAAAUUUAUUGUGAAGGGAAAAAACUUGUCAAAGUUCAUUUGAUAUGCUUUUUCCUUUUUGUAUAAAAAAGGAUGGAGGUUAGUGGAACAUGAUGUAAGUGCUUUGAUAGUGGGGUUUUUAGUUUUUGUAGUGGGAUGUGGGACCUUGUAAAAGGUUAGGUUGGUUUCCAUAUUUUUAUUAGUGAUGUAAUUCUUCAGGAUUUGAAAUGUGGAAGGGCAAUGAUAAUGGUUGCUUGCAGGUGUUGCUAGUCCAGAAGAAAAUGAUGGUGCUUUUUUUGUUUA